AUGCCAAACUUUAUCGUGAGCUUGAGUCAUUUUUGCGAGCUUCAUGGUCCUUCAGUUAUUGCUUGCACUCAAACAAUCAAUGACGAUCGCACAGAUGAGAGUUUAUUGGCUUCAAACUCUCGAUCAGCUAGCUGCGCAUCAUGUCAAUUGAUACUUCCAGAUGCUGGUGCUAUCAAUUUGUCAAGUAAAUCAAAAGGAACGCAUUCUUUUGUUACUACACAUUAUCCAAGCUCUCAAACGCGAUACUCGGCACUCACGAAAUUAGUAAUGAAAUCGUUAUCUGUUGAGACAAAUUUGGACUUGUCGAAACCAAUGUUUUUUGGUGAUGCGAUCAAUGGUUUCUGUAUGAACAAGAUUUUCAAGUUGUACGACAUCAAUGCAAGGGGCCAGGAGCGGAAAUAUAGUAUUAUGGUAGUAAGCGACUCUGAGUCGGAUUUGCUCGAGAGAUGGGAUAUCGUCAGCAUAUACUUCAGUGAGCUUAUCAGCCUGAUUCAGCAGAAAGUUUCGGAAACAAACAAGCGAAUACACGAACACAAUAUGAAGUCAAAGGAGAAUGUGUUGGAUAAUGAGAAAUACUUACGUAGAUCAAUUACUCGACCGAAGUCGUUGGUGGAGCUCACAGGCGACGAUCAGAUAUUUCUAAAAUUGCAUUUAUGGGCAAUCGAAUUGUUGAAGGAUGUGGCAAGCUAG